UCUCUCUCUCUCUCUGUUUUUUUUCCCUCCCUGUGGCUGUUCCUUAUGCAUCUCACACAACUCAACAGAGAGUGUUUGCUGCACCUCUUCUCUUUUCUGGACAAAGACAGUCGUCGGAGUCUGUCUCUGACGUGCCUGAGUCUUCGUGAGGUUUUCUUAGACUCUCACCUGUGGUCUUUGCUACAUUUCAGUUCCCCGAGCGAACUGCGGAAAAAUAAUUUUGUGCUGGGCCCCUCUCUCAGGCACUUGGCUAUACACUGGCAUUCCAGUCGCGUUCAAGUAUGUAACAUCGAGGACUGGAUGAAGACCAUGUUCCAGAAAGAUCUCUGCAGGAAGCAUGAGAGAUUGGUCAGCGAUUUUUUGGCUCGUGUGUGCCAGCUAUGUCCAAACCUGUUGUCCUUGAGCUUAUCAGGCUGUGGACACGUCUCGGACCAGGAUGUCAUCAGCGUGCUGCAGAGCUGUCAAUGGCUACGCAAACUGCAUCUGGAAAAUUGUUCCCGGAUGACGGACUCAGUCCUGCAGGCUGUAGUGGCUCACGGCGGGAGCCUGACCGAGGUACGAGUGGACUUCUGCAGGAAUGUCACCCGGGCCGGGCUGCAGGCCGUCAGGAACAGGAAACCCUGCGUGAAACUGAGUGCAGUGCACAGUGCUGGGAUGAUCCCUGACAGUAAACCUGAGGAGAAAGUGCAGAUAAAGAGAACCCUGCAGAAGCUACUGCUGUUCUCUUAA